GAACGAGAGGGAGGGAGAGAGAGGAAGGAAGGAAGGAAGAAAAGAGAGCGAGAAAGAAGGGAGGGAGGGAGGGAGGCAGGGUCUUGCAACCCGGGGAGCGGCGAGGAAGCCCCUCUCCUCCUGUCUCCUCCUCUUUCCCUGCUGGCAGCUAGGCCGCCCCUCCUUCGGGCAUGGAGGCCGGGGAGCGCCUGCUGCGCUGCCUGGAGGAGCUGAGCGCGGGGGAGCUGCGCACCUUCCUCUUCUACCUGGGCCCCGUUCUCCCGCGAGGGAAGCUGGAGCCCCCUUGUCCCCCGGUCAGAGUGGCCGAGCUCCUGCUCAAGUACGAGCCCCAGAGGGCCCUGGAGCUGGCCGCCGGGGCGCUGGGGAAGGUACCCAGGAGGGACCUGCUCCCUCUCCUGCUGCUCCAACGGGGAGAAGAACGGCCAGAGGAAAGACGAAGAGAGCCUCCCUUCGGAGGAGGAGGAGAAGCACCACCAGCAGCACCCGCAGCAUCAGAUUUUUCAGGGCAAACCAAGCGGGUCUCAGACUCACAGCUGAUGAAGCUGGCCAGAAAGAUGGGCAAGGGAUGGAGGCAGAUUGGGAUAGAAUACUUGGGGAUUGAAAACUCAGUCCUGGAGCAGAUCGAAGAAGAGAAUGCCAACAACGUAGUCAUGCGGGCCUACUAUAUGCUUCGGAACUGGAAGAACCGUGAGAAAGAAGGAGCCACUGCAGCCAGGUUGUACUUCAUCCUUCACCAGGAAGAGGUGCAGCUUGACUCUGACGCUUAUGCUUUCCUGUUAGAGAGUGCCUGAAGGUGUCCUGAGGGGAACAAAGGCCAACAACCUUGCAAGAGAUAGGCUUUAAUCUAAGAUGCCGUGUAUGGAUGCUGCUGCUGAAUGUUUAACUGGCAAAUUAGUAUAAUUCAUUUUAUAAUUUUUUACAAAAUAAAAAGACCAUGAAAACAGACAA